AUGUGCAUGUUUGAUCCAAGAAAUAGGUUCUCGUAUACCAACGUAAGUCUCCUCUGUGCGAUUAUCCUUCUCAGAACCCAAGUGGUUAUCAAUGCGGCUCUUUACUACAUGCACAAUUUUUAUGAAGUCUUUUCCCCGGAAACCGUCAAACCUGUUAUGGUCUCCAUAGCAUCAUUAUAUCUUGCUUGCAAAACCGAGGACUUUUCCAGGAAAUUGUCUUUGCUGAUAUCUGUGGCUUACAGCGUGUUCAAAAAGAACGCUCCUGCCGAAUCCUCUUCUACAUUUCGACGGAUUGUUCAGAACAUUCAUGCACUGGAGGGCACAAUUUUAAUGGUUGUUGGAUUUCAAAAGAUGGAUGUUAAACAUCCCCACGUGAUCCUCAUUAAUGUGCUCCGUCAAAACGAUUUCCCCAAACAAGUUUCCCAUACAAGCUAUUUUGUGUGCACUCAUAUUCUUCACUUCACGACCCUUCUCUUGCGUCACUCGAUGGAAGCCAUUGCUGCCACUAGUUUGUACGUCGCUGCCAAGUGGAAUAACUAUGACAUCAAAAGUGAGGAUGGGGAGUGGUACCGGCUAUUUUCGCGUGAACUCACACUGGAAGAAAUCCGAAAAAUGGCGGAUGAAUUCACUCAGGCUUUUCAAGCAUGUGAUGUCAAAAUAAAAAAUCAGGUGAAGAACACAUUAAAGAUGAAUUUUAAUCGUCACCAUGCUCGCGAAGAUUCUGUGAUGCAGGCUCGACGGGCGAACGAAUCAGGAAGGGUGUAUAAUCGACCUGAAAAGCGACCGCAUGAAUCUCACAAUGUGCUAAACCAUCAGCAGCAGCAUGUGAAAGAUAUGCUCUCAUCUGGCGGGGGUGUGUUUUCGACCAACGGUCAACAGUUGGCGGUUAGUAGUGGUGUCUACGAUGAUACUCGGUCGCGAAUGAAAGUGCCACGUGUUUGUUCGCCAAAGUCUCAGCCUCCGCCUCAAAUUCAUAGUCAAAGUGCUUUCCCCGUUGCUACCCACCCUGAUUCUGCGUCCGCAUUAAAGCGCGAGGAGGCUCCCAAGCACCCUGACAGUGUCGGAGGUUCAUAUCCAUCAGUUGCUUCGCGCUCUUCUACUACCUCAAAUGCUAGGAACGAUCUAUCAAGUAUCUUUUAG